GCAGCCAGUCAGAGACCCAACCAAACAUUUGAACUGUAGUAUCCGCAUAUUGUAUAUAAUGCAUGUUUAGUGUGUGUAAGUGUGUGUCUUCCUCUGCCAUGUGUGAGUGUCUGCGAGGGAUUUUCCGUGCCACCUGUACACCCUCUUCAAAUGCAGACUCUGACAGAGAGGACAGUCAUGGGAAUCCAGAAGCCAGAGAUUCACCUGUAAACGACAAAAGGCGGUCUCCCCCCUACGACAGGCCUCCUUUUGGCCCUCCACACCACAACCUCACCACAGAUGAGCAGGACAGUCCAGAGAGAAUUGUUCAGAAAGAAAAGCUCCAUGCAGAACUAAAACAAGUUUUGAGUCAGAAGAGAAGUCAGCUAAGAGACACUCACUCCACCCACAUAGACAUGGAGGAACCCUCCAAGAAGGACAGUCAGAAUGAGGUGGAGAAGGAUAGCCAGCUGUCAGAGCUUGUGGAAGUGGUUGUUGAAACGCAGGCCGAGGUUGGCGCUAGUGGGUACAGUGUGGUGGGUGGAGGGGAUCGAGGCAUCUUUAUCAAAGAGGUCCUGAAAGACUCCCCGGCAGCUAAGCACCUCAGUCUACAGAAAGGAGAUCAACUACUAAGUGCAAGAGUGUAUUUUGAUAAUGUGAAAUAUGAGGAUGCAUUAAAAAUUCUUCAGUGUGCAGAACCCUACAAAGUAUCCUUCUUUUUGAAGAGGACUGUGCAAGGAAGCGAAGUCAGCAUAUGUCCAGGUGGACAAAAUCUUGAGCUCAGGGGAUGUAAGGCCAAGAUGCAAAGAAUGAGUGUCAAAAGUGUGAAACCUUUCAAAGCUAAGAAAAAGAGAGGAGGAAGAUUUGGAUUAAAAAGACUGAAAGAGAAUAAAAAAGCAAGGGCACAAGCAGAGCUGGACAUUGAAGGCUUAUCUGGCAGAUCAGACCUCAAUCCUGUUGAUGUUGAGUUUGUGUUCCCAAAGUUCAAGAUGAGGAAAGGUGGGAAGGCCAAUUCAGAUGGAUCAGGACAGCUGGAGGGCGUGAUCACUAGCAGUAAGAAGAAGAAGAAGAUCAGAUUUCCGAGGAUGAAAGCAACAGAUGCUGCUGUAGGUGAAGGGAACGUCAAUGUGGAUGUUUCAACACACAAGGGAGAGGCAGAGUUUUCUGGAGCAAAGCUGAAGGCCAAAGUGAAAGGUCCAAAAUUUGGAAUUCACUUUCCCAAAAUAAAAAAGUCAAAAUUAGAUGUACAAUCUUCAAAUGACAACUUUGAGGUGAAAGGUCCAAUGGUAGAGACUGAUUUCAGCAUGGCUCAGGGCAAUGCUGAGGCUAAUGUACCUAAUCUUGAGGUCAGUGUUAAAGGAAAGGGAGAGGGCCCUGAGAUAAAAAUGCCUAGGAUGAAUCUGGAUGUGUCAAAUACAAAGAUGACAAUGCCAAAGAACAAAUUGCAAAAUGUAAGGCUUUCUUGUCAUUCAGAUGAAAUCAAUGGAGAGGCAAGUAUGAAAAUUGAUACAUCUGAAAAUAAACUGAAAAUGCCCAUGACUGACAUCAAAGCUCAAACCAAAGUGAAUUUGGACUUGCACCUUCCAAAGACUAAGGACACAGCUGAAAUCAAAGAUGUUGAAAUUCAUGAUCCUAAUGUGAAAGGAACAAAAAUCAGCACGGCCAAGUUUGACACAUCAUUGACAAAGAUAAACCUUGAUGUAAAUAAAAAAAUUGGAGAUGAUGUCAAUGGAUCCAUGGUAAAACAGCAUGAGAUUUCUCUCCCCAAACUUGACCUUGCAGUGCCCAAGAUAGAGACACCAGAUGUGAACAUCAGCCUUCCUACAUCAGAUCGCUCAUUACCAAAGAUGACUGCAAAAAACACUGAUAGUGAGGGGCUUGGAAGUAAAGGAGAAAUAUUUAAAAUGCCAAAAUUAGAUAUCUCCCUUCCAAAAAUAACAUCUCCUGAUAGUGAAAUCAUAGUUGAAGAACCUGCAGCAAAAGGUGAAAGAUUUAACAUGACAUCAGUUGACAUAUCAUUGUCAAAAGGAAAACUUGAGGGAAGCAGUGUACACAAGGGAGAUGCUGGAAAAAGAGGGAAGUUUGAAAUGCCUCAAAUAGAGAUCUCUCUAUCUACAAUAAAAUUGCCUGAGGUCAAGACUGCAGAAGAAGAACCUGAGGUCAAAACUGGAAAAUUCAAUAUACCAAAUGUCAGCAUUCCACUACCAAAAGGUAAAGUGGAAGGAAAGGGGGAAAUUGAAGGUACUUUUGUUAAAGGAGCUGAGUUUAAAGUACCUCAAAUAGGCAUUUCUCUGCCCAAAAUGAAAUUACCACAAGGCAAAAUUGAUAUUAAGGAGCCUGAGAUCAAAGGUGGAAAAUUCAGUAUGCCAUGUAUCGACAUUUCCUUACCAAAAGGAACACUGGAAGGGGAUGUAGAUAUUGAGGGUUACUCUGAAAAGGGGGGAAAGUUUAAAAUACCUAGUGUAGAUGUCUCUCAACCAAAUAAGAAAUUACCUGAGGGUGACAUUACUGAAGGACCUGAAAUAACAGGAACAUUUAAUAUGCCAUCAAUUGAAAUUUCACUUCCUAAAGGCAAAGCAGAGGAGCAUGUUGAGGUUGGAGACCUGUCAGAGAAAGGAGGCACGUUCAAAAUGCCACUUGUAGCUGUUUUGCUUCCAAAAAUGAAAUUUCCCACAGGCGAAAUCAAUACUGAGGAUCCAGAGGUCAAGGGUGAGAAAUUCAAAAUGCCAUCCGUUGAUAUAUCCUUACCAAAAGGAAAAGCAGAGGUUGAGGGUCAUUCUGGAAAAUCAGAAAUGUUUGAAAUGCCCAAAAUUGAUCUGUCUCUUCCAAAAAUGUCAUUACCAGAAAGUGAUAUCAGUAUUGAAGGGCCUGACGUAAAACAAUUUAGCAUGCCGUCUGUUGAUCUAUCAUUACCAAAAGUAACAGGCACAGGUGAUGUUGAUAUCAAGAGACAUUCCGAAAAAACAGGAAGGUUUGAUAUGCUGAAACUGGAUUUUUACUUGCCAAAAAUUGAAUCUACAAAAGGAGAACUUAAUGUGGAAGGUCCUGAAUUCAAAGGUGGCAAGUUUCAUAUUCCUUCUUUUAAUAUAUCCUCAGCAAAGGGUAAGGCAGAGGCUGAUGUCUGUCUGGACGUAGAAACCAAAAAGGGGACAAAAUUUAAAAUGCCAAAAUUUGACAUUAAUUUACCACAAAUUAAAUCAACAGGGACUGAAAUCAAUAUCAAAGGACCUGAAGUGAAUGGUGGGAGGAUACAUAUACCAGAUGUUGAUAUCUCUCUGCCACAAGAAAUAAUAAAAGGAGAUAGUGAAGGUUAUGCAAGUAAGGGGGAAAAGUUUCACUUGCCUCAGGUUAAUCUGUCUCUACCCAAAUUAAAACCUCCGGAGGUGGAUGCCAAUGUUGAGUGUCCCAAGAGAGGACAAUUCAUCAUGCCAUCUAUAGAUCUCUCUCUCUCCAAAGGAAAAGGUGAUGUGGAAAGUGAAGGCUACUCUGGAAAAGUUAUAAAAAUUGAAAUGCCAAAAUUUGAUGUAAUCUUACACCAAAUGACGAAUGAAGGAGACAUAAAAGUCGAUGGUCAAACCAAAAAACGAGGAAAGUUUCAAUUGCCCCAAAUAGACUUUUCCCUUCCAAUGAUUAAAAGAAAAGAGGUGGAAAUCAGCGUUGAAAUACCUGAGGUAAAAGGAUGCAAAGCCCACAUGCCUUCUACUGACAUUUCUUUACCUAAAGACAAGACUGAACGAAACACUGAUGUACAUUCUGGUAGAGGAAUAAAGUUGGAAAGGUCAAAAAUUUAUAUUUCACUGCCAAAAGUAAAAGCACCAGAAGGAGAAAUAAGAGGGGAAGCUUCUCAAAUCAAAGGAGGAAAGUUAAAAAUGCCAUCGAUUGAAAUCUCCCUCCCAAAGGGAAAAGCAGAAGGAAACCUAGGUAUUGAAGGCGAAACAGCAGAGGGAAGAAAAUUUCAAGUGCCUAAAUUUGAUAUUUGCAAAUCUUCAGAGGGAGAAAUCAAUAUUGAGGCACAUGAUAACAAAUGUGGAAAGUUUCAAAUGCCCUCUAUAGAUAUCUCUUUACCAGGAGAAGGAGCAUCUGAAGAUGUAGAUGUUAAAGGACAUUCAGGAAAAGGACAAAUUGAAAUUCCCAAAUUUGAUGUUUCUUUGCCUAAAUUUAAAUCAUCAGGGGGUGAAAUUGAUGUUGAAGGUCUUGAUAUCAAUGGUGGAAAGUUUCACAUGCCGUCUCUAGAUAUCUCUCUACCAGAAAGAGGAGCACAUGGAGAUGUGGAUGUUGAAGGACAUGCAGAAAAAGGAAGAAAAUUUGAAAUGCCCGAAAUUGAUGUUUCCUUGCCUAAAUUCAAAUCACCAGGGGGUGAAAUCAAUGUUGAAGGUUCUGAUAUCAAGGGUAAGAAGUUUCACAUGCCCUCUGUAGAUAUUUCUCUUCCAAGAGGAGGGCCAAGUGGAGAUGUAGAUGCUGAAGAACAUGCAGCAAAAGGAAGAACAUUUGAAUUACCUAAACUUAAUGUUUCCAUGCCUAAAUUUAAAACAUCAGGGGGUGAAACUGACGUUGAAGGUCCUGAUCUCAAAGGAGGAAAAUUUCACGUUCCCGCUGCAGAUAUUUCUCUACCAGGAGGAGGAGCAAGUGGAGAUGUAGAUGUUGAAGGACAUGAGGCAAAAGGAAGAAAAUUUGAAAUGACCAAACUUAAUGUUUCCAUGCCUAAAUUUAAAACAUCAGGGGGUGAAAUUGACGUUGAAGGUCCUGAUCUCAAAGGAGGAAAGUUUCACAUUCCCGCUGCAGAUAUUUCUUUACCAGGAGGAGGAGCAAGUGGAGAUGUAGAUGUUGAAGGACAUGAGGCAAAAGGAAGAAAAUUUGAAAUGACCAAACUUAAUGUUUCCAUGCCUAAAUUUAAAACAUCAGGGGGUGAAAUUGACGUUGAAGGUCCUGAUCUCAAAGGAGGAAAGUUUCACAUGCCAUCUAUAGAUAUCUCUCUACCAGGAGGAGCAAGUGGAGAUGUGGAUGUUGAAGGAUAUGCAGAAAAAGGAAGAAAAUUUGAAAUGCCCAAAAUUGAUGUUUCCUUGCCUAAAUUCAAAUCACCAGGGGGUGAAAUCAAUGUUGAAGGUCCUGAUAUCAAGGGUAAAAAGUUUCACAUGCCCUCAGUAGAUAUCUCUCUACCAAGAGGAGGAGCAGGUGGAGAUGUAGAUGCUGAAGGACAUGCAGGAAAAGGAAGAAAAUUUGAAAUGCCCAAAUUUAAUUUUUCCAUGCCUAAAUUUAAAAUAUCAGGGGGUGAAAUUGACGUUGAAGGUCCUGAUCUCAAGGGUGGAAAGUUUCACAUGCCCUCUGUUGAUAUUUCUCAACCAGGAAGAGGGGCAGGUGGAGAUCAAUAUGUUGAAGGACAUGCAGGAAAAGGAAAAUUUGAUAUCCCAAAAUUUUACAUUUCUUUGCCAAAAUUAAAGAGUGAAGUUGAUGUUGAAGGUCCUGAUCUCAAGGGUGGAAAGUUUUGCAUGCCCUCUGUUGAUAUCUCUCUACCAGUAGGAGGGGCAGGUGGAGAUCUAAAUGUUGAAGGACAUGCAAGAAAAGGAAAAUUUGAAAUGCCCAAAUUUGACAUUUCUUUGCCUAAAUUAAAGGGUGAAGUUGAUGUUGAAGGUCUUGAUGUCAAGGGUGGAAUGUUUCACAAGCCCUCUGUGGAUAUCUCUCCACUGGGAGGAGGAGUAGAAAGAGAAGUAGAUAUUUCCUUGCCUAAAUUUAAAUCAUCAGGGGGUAAAAUCAAUGUUGAAGGUCCUGGGAUGAAGAGUGGUACAUUCAGUAUGCCAGCUAUUGAUAUUUCAUCACCUAAAGGAAAAGGAGAUGGAGAUUUUGACAGCAAGGACCUUGAUCUAGACAUGAAAGAAUGGAAGUUCAACCUCCCAUCCACAGACAUUUCACUUCCAAAAGUAAAAAUGGAAGGAGACAUUGCUGUUGAAAGCAGUAAUAAACAGGGAGGACAUUUUGAAAUGCCCAAAUUAGAUAUUUCCUUGCCCAAAAUUCCAUCUUCAGAAUGUGAUGUUAAAGCUGACACCCCUGAUGUAAAAGGAGAUAAAUUACACAUGCAAUCUAUAGAUAUCUCUUUACCAAAAAUGAAACAAGAGAGAGAUAUGACUGUUGAAGGACAAGCUUGGAAAGGAGGAAUGUUUCAGAUGUUAUCUGUUGAUAUUUCUCUACCAGAAGGAACCAAAGAGGGAGGCCUUGAUCUGGAUGAUGAUAUUGAAAAGGAUCAAAAGAUUCAUAUGCCCACUUAUGAUAUCUCUCUUCCUAAAAUGAAGCUAACAGAACAUGAACUCAAAGUUGAAAGCACAGACAAGAAAGUAAGAAAGUUCCAUAUGCCAGACAUUGACAUCUCUUUACCUAAAAUGACCCAUCAUUCUAAUGUAGAGGCAAAAUUAAAUUACCCUGAGGUGACUCCAGGUGGAAACAUCAAGCUACCUACUGUGAAAAUACCAAUGGUUGACAUAUCUGCUCCUAAAUUUGACCUGGACUUUACUCUUCAAAAGGGAAAAGGUGGUGAUAAGGAAAAUAUUGAACUCCUUAAAGAAGAGGGUGGGAGGCCAUCAUCCGUGGCCAGUUUUGAUGUUCCAGAAGUAUCUGUAAAAAUGCUAAAAAUUUCACACCCUAAAUUUGGCAAAAAACUGAAAAGUGGAGGCAAAGAACUAGAGAGUCCUAUAGAUUUGGACAUGGAGAGAAGAUCACCAUCAAUGGAAACUGAUGGCAAAAUUAAGAAGGCCAAAAUAAAAAUUCCAUCCAUUGGAAUAUCCAAAAUGGAUGUUGAUGUGAGUGGCACAGAAGCUGAAAUAAAGAUUAAAACAGAUUCUGGAGAAAUUACAGAACCAGAAAUCCGAGUGGAGAGUCUAGAUGACAAAGUCAAAUACAAGCUCAAAUUCCCCAAAUUCAAGACAUCUAGUCCCAAAGCAAAGCUCAAAGAUGCAGAAAUGGAUAUGUCCUUGCACACAAAUGCUAGGGAGAGAGGCAAUUUCAAGACCUCCACACUGGAUAACAAAGGAAAGGUAAAAAUGCCAGCAGUGGAAAUAUCACUGCCAACAACAAAUAUUACAGAAUGUGAGGUAUUGCUUCCAAAAUCUGAGGUUGAUGUGUCUGAAGAAGAUAUCCGAGGUUAUGAGGGCAACUUAAAAAUUCCGAAGAUGCCAACUUUUGAUAUAUCAUUUCCAAAAGUUGAUUUGGAACUAAAUGAAUCAGCUGACUCAAACUCUUCUGACUUAAAUAUUGAUAGUAGUAGGGGUACAGUAAAUUUUCCCCAUAUCAAAGUCCCUAAAGUAGACAUUUCACUUCCGCAUGGAAAAACAGGUGGCAUGGAUAACCUUGAGGUAGAGUUUAAAGGUGGCAAGUUCAAACUACCAAAAAUUACAAUUCCCACAGUGGACAUAUCUGUACCCAAUGGGAAAACUCAUGAAAAUUGUCCUCCAGAACUGGAAAUUAGAGGAGGAAGACACUUCAAUAUGUCAGAGGUUAAGAUACCAAAUGCUGACAUAUCACUUCCUCUGGGGACAACUGGAGGCAUUGAUGCCCCAAAACUAGAAGCCGGAGGAGAUGGGAGUAUAUUCAAAAAGCUGGACAUAAAAAUGCCAGAUGUUGAUAUAUCUCUACCAAAAGGGAAAAUAGGAGAAAUCAAUGUCCCAGAAAAAGAAAUGAAAGGAAAAAGAGAAAAAUUCCAGAUGCCAAAAGUUGAUAUUGCGGUUCCAAGAAUAAGAUCUUCAGACUCUGAUGUUCCAGAGCUGGAGUUAGGAAGUAAAUUAAAAAUGUCAGCAGUGGAAAUAUCAUUACUCCAUGCAAAAAUGGACACAUCUAAACAUGAUGUCGAAACUAAAGGUGACAAACUGAAAAUGUCCAACAUUUCAAAGCCCAUUGUGGACAUAUCAUUACCACUCAGAAACACAGGAGCAAGUGAUGAUCUUGAUUCAGAAUUUAGAGUUAAAGGGGAAAAUGUUAAAAUGCCAGACAUCACAGUGCCUAAGGUAGAUUUAUCACUAUCUCACGGAUGGAAAAGAGAAACACAUGCACCAGACUCAGAAGUAGAUGGUGGAAAAUUAAAGACGCCAAUAGUUGAUAUAUCACAUCCUAAAAUAAAAUCAAAAGACACAGUUGCUCAAGAAAUUCAGGCUGGUGAAGGAAAGGGUAAAGUCACAAUACCUGGUAUUAAACUACCAACAGUAGAUAUCUUAUUACCCCAUGGUAAAACAGGGGACACUAAUAUUAAAAUGCCAAAAGUGGCAUUAUCACAUGAAAAAACAGGAGACAAUGAGACUCCUGAACUGGAACUUGAAGUCAAAGGAGGGAAAUUCAAGGUGCCUGAUAUUAAAAUGCCAAAAGUAGAGAAAUCAUUACUUCAAAGACAACAAGAGGAUACAGAAGAAGCAGAGACCACAAAACUAGGUGACAACUUCCAUCUGCCGAAAAUAGCAAUACCUACAGUGGAUAUAUCAUUACCGCAUAGCAAAACAAGUGACCUUGGGGCUUUAGAAUCUGUUGCAGUAAGAGGUGGACAGCAUCAAAUUAAGAUACCAAAGGUAGACAUAACAUUAUCACAAGAUACAAUUGGAGAGUCUGAUACUAAAGAAGCAGAAAUUGGAGAAGAAAGUGGAAAAUUCAUGAUGCCAAAUGUUAAAUUUCUAAAAUUGGACAUAUCCAUACCUCAAGGAAUAUCUAAAGAAGCAAAUAUGUCAGUUCCUGCUACUGAGACUGGCCAUCAGGUAACUGAUUCACAUAAAGUGGGUAAAAAGAUUAGGAUUUCAACUAUAGAUAUAGAGGGUCCAAAAGGUGGUCUAGAGAUGAAUCUUGGCCUAUCAAAAGAGGGAAAAAAGAAUAAAAAGAAGAUUGAACUGCCAGAUAUUGAUCUUAGCCCUGAUGCAUCAAAAGGAGGAAUGAAAAGGCCAAAAGUUAAAGGUUCAAAAUUUUAUAUCGGUAUGCCAAAAGUAAAAUCAUCUGGACUAAAAACUGAUUUAAACAAGUCUGGGAAAGAGGAUGCUAGAGAAAGAACUGAUGUAAAUUUGACAGUUGAUUUACAAGCACCAAAGUUUCCUGAACUUGACAUUGACAAUGGGACUGCCCAAGUUGACACUGACAAUUCUGAAGAAGAUAAAAAGCAUGCUGGUAAAGCCAAAAUUCCAAAGUUUGGGAUACCUCUGCCUUCUUUAUGUUCACCUGAAGCCAACAUCAAAUCAUCUCAGGUAAAAUGCCAUUCUGUAACAGUAGACUCUGAGAUAGAGUAUGAGGGCCCACGUAUGCCAAAAGUGCAAAAAGCAGUGUUUGUCAUGGUGAAUCCACAAAUGGAGAGCUUGGCUAGUUUAGGUGGCCAAGCAAGUGCAGAAAUUGGAGAUGAGAAGCUGCCAAAGAUCAAAAUGAAGCCAAGUUUUGGCAAGUCUCGAUCAAAUGAAAAGGGGAAAUCAAUUAAUGGUAAAGAGGAUGUGGAAACUGAGGAAAAACCAAAGACUGGUAAGCUAAAGUUUCCCAAAGUCACUUUUUCAUCUGGGAAGACAGGAUCAUUUGAUGUAACACUAGGUGGGUCUGAUGAUGGAACAGGUCUUAACCUAAAUGGGAACAAAGAUGAAAAAGCAAUGUUUGGAAAGCUUAAAUUGCCCAAAGUCGAGUUUUUCUCACCAUACUCAAAAGAAAUAGAUGAGGAAGAAGACAUGGAAACAAGUAUGAAACUUCUCAGGACAGAGACCUCAGGGAAUGGCAAAGAGAGCAAGGAGGCAAAGACAAAAUCAGGCAAAAUGUCUUUUCCUGGUGUAAAAAAGAAAACAGGGAUGGAUGAGGAGAUGGGAGAGAUUGGUGCUUUAGUAUUUUCAAAAGCAAGGACUGAAAUGCUAGUAGAACGGGAAAGAUCAGAUUCCCCAAUACCUACAGUUUCAGCUGGAUUUAUCUCAGGAAAGAAAAUUGAAUAAAGAGAGGAGACAACAUGGUUAAAAGUACCCAAAGUCACCCUUAGCUCCCAUUCUACUGGCAUCCUUCAAAUCACACCAGAAGGGUCUCCAAGGUGAAGUAAGUCAUCUCUUCCAUGCUCUAGUGUCGAAGCCUCUGGAGGUUUCUAUGUGAAGAUGCCAAGCAUUGAAUUUGCGACCCAGGAAAUGUCCUCAGAGCAUGUAGUUACCGAAACAAAAGAGGGAACUCUUACUGUGGUGAAGAAGGUGACGAAGUAUACAGAGUCAAGAAGUAGCAGUUCAAAGCAGUAAGCAUCUGAGUCACAGAACUGUGACAGGCAAUAGGUAGCUAAAUAAUAUAUACUGCAUAUUUUUAUAUGUGGCAGUUGUUUCAGUUUGUCUUGCUAUUUUUGUUUUAUUUAAAGCAAAAAAACAAAAACAAAAAAAAACAAAAAUCACCAGCUUUAGCAAGAGCAACACAAUGUAUGCAUCAUAAACAUGUUGAAACACACAGAAUAUUAUAUUUAUUGUAGACCUUAUUUUUAUGAUUUGUAACUUUGCCACUCUGACACUUUAUAUUGAAUUGAUAUAUUUGUAAAGAUAUUACUUAGAUCAUAUAUAGACACACAUUUUGUUGUAGAUAACAAACAUACAGCAUACGCACAAAUCUGUGUAAAUUAUGCAAAUAAAUGCAAAGAUGUUUAGAAACUUUUUUUUUUUUUUUUUUGCAUACGUUUUUCUUGUGCAUUCUGAAAACAGUAUGCCAUUUAUAGAAUUUCAAAGCAUUUUGAAAACAUUGAUUUUCUUUUUGAUGCUUGGUUUGUCUUGGUGGUUUGUGGUUGUUUUUGUGGAAUCUGAACAAGAUAGGUAGUGUUUAUUGUAAAUAUUAUUAGAACUACAAUUUUCUCAUAUUUAUACACAUGACCUGUAUAGAUUAUAAGACACACACAAAAAAAAGUCUGUGAUGUUGAGUAUUUGUUGAUUUCUGAGACUGAAACAAUAUAAAUAAUAAGUUAUAAUAUAUACAAUAUAAUAAUACAAUAUAGAUUUUUUUUCUUAUCCCUAAUGUUUUCUUAGAAUUGUGAUAUCACGAUAUAAUUCUCUGUUCAUGGGAAAUGUUCUGGAUUCUUGUGAAUUGCAAACAGAGUGUGAAAUGUUUUUAUUUUAUUUUCAAAAUUAACUCUUUUUUUUUUGUGAAGGAAUUAGACUAAAAUGCUAGCAGUGUAAAUGUAUUUGUAUUUAAGUGUUUUAAAGGGAGGUUUUAGUACUGAACUGCAUGUUUUUAAUGUUGUGUUGCUUUUCUGAAACACAAUUAUUUAGAUACUUAUCUCUAGCUAAUGAAAAAAAAUAAAGAAAAAAAUAAUAAUAAUAGAAUACUCUAAUAAAAUAUUAAUAUUA